CAAAUGCCGACUAUUGAAAUCAUGAGGGAUACCUCUGUAUCCGGGAAUGGUUCAAAUGAAGAAGUUGAAAUUGUCAUUGCUUCACCUUAUGGUCAAUUGGCUGACAAGCAACCAAGAAUUAGACACUUACAAUUGUAUCAAGCUGCACUAAGUGGUGAUUGGAGCAUAGCUGAGGGUAUUUAUAAGAAACAUAAAAAUGAUAUAAGAGCGAGGAUAUCAAAGGAAGGGGACACUGCUCUCCAUAUUGCAGCUGCAGCUGAGCAAACUGAUUUUUUGAAAAACCUGGUGGAUAAUAUAAAUAAAGAGGAUUUAGCUACUACAAAUUAUGCAGGCAAUACAGCUUUUUGUCUUGCUGCUGUGUCUGGAAAUGUGGAACUUGCUCAAGUGAUGAUGAAUAAGAUGAAUAAAGAGGAUUUAACUACAAAGAAAGGAGCUGGAAGAACAGCUUAUUGUCUCUCUGCUGAGUCCCAGAGGGUGGAAGUUCCCAACAUGAUAGAGGAGAGUACAAACUUAGCUGAUGUCCUGGAAAGGAGUAGAAACUUAGCAAUGAUCCGAGGUAGAAAUGAGAUGUUACCACUUUACGUGGCCGCUCUAUUUGGCCAUAAAGAGAUGGUACAGUUCCUUUAUGAAGCCACUGAUGACGAAUCAUUAUAUGAAAAUGACCGCAUGGAAUUGCUUAUCACUCUAAUAAGCAAUGGUUUGUAUGAUGUUGCACUGGAUUUGCUAGAGAAACACCCAAAGUUAGCCGUCACUUGUGAUGGAAAUGAGGAGACAGCAUUGCUUGCCUUGGCUCGAAUGCCUAUUGCCUCUCAAAUUCAGCAAGGAUUUUGGAAACAAUGUGUCAAUUUGUUUUCAGGUACCAACGCCAAGUUGCCUCCAAAAGCACUUGAACUAAUCCGACGCCUUUGGGAACAAGUCAUAUUGUCAGAUGACUCUGCAGUUUCAAAUAUUAUUAAAACUGCCCGACAACUGAUAUUUGUUGCUGCAGAACUAGGAAACAUUGAGUUUCUAACUAUACUUAUACGUGAGUAUCCUGAUUUGAUACUGGAAGUUGAUGAAAAUAAUUAUAGCGUAUUUCAUUUUGCUGUUAUGAAUCGUCGUAGGGACAUCUUCAAACUCAUACAUGAGAUAGGUACUUUUAAGGAUUUGAUAGUUGCUUCCAAGGAUAAAAAAGACAAUAAUAUCUUGCAUUUGGCUGGAAUGUUGGCACCACCAGAUCGGCUCAAUGUUGUAUCAGGAGCUGCUCUGCAACUGCAGCGAGAGUUGCUGUGGUUUAAGGUGGUCAGUAAAAUUAUGCGUCCAUUGGAUGCCUGGGAUAAAAACAGUGAAGGGAAAACUCCCAGAGCUUUAUUUACUAAGGAGCACGGAGAAUUAAAGGAAAAGGGAGAGAAAUGGAUGAAGGACACUGCAAACUAUUGCAUGAUUGUGGCAACUCUUAUUGCCACUGUGGUUUUUGCAGCAGCUUUCACUGUCCCAGGUGGCACCAAAGACGAGACAGGGACCCCUCAUUUUGUUCAAAAAACUUCCUUCAAAAUUUUUUUUAUAGCAGAUGCAGUUUCGCUAAUAUCUUCCGCAUGCUCCAUCUUAACCUUUUUAUCAAUUCUAACUUCCCGGUAUGCAGAAGAAGAUUUCCUCUCACAGUUACCAAAAAAGCUGGUUGCUGGACCUACAACACUUUUAUUAUCAAUAGCAGCAAUGAUGGUAGUGUUUUGUGCAACUAUUUUCAUUGUUUUCAAAGAUGGAGUGCUGUGGGUUCCUAUUCUUGUUACUAUAAUCGCUUCUUUACCAGUCCUUUUGUUCACUAAGCAACAAUGGCAUCUCCUUUUUGAUGUGGUGCGUUCUACAUAUGUGAGUAGCUCUCUUUUCCAGCCACACAAACGUACCCUUUUCUGCCAAGGCAAAGCAAUGGAGUCGAAGAAGAGGAAGUAA